AUACAUGCAUAGACAUACAUAGAGCACAUACCAUCUCCUAUUCUCAUACAGGCUACUAGUUUCUUCUAUAUUUGCAGUUUCAGAAGGACACUACCUGAUUGAUGGAGGUCGUCAAGCUUGGUAUAACCACCCAAACAUGGCCUGAUCUGGUUGGCUACGCUGUUGUAGAUGCGGUUAAUAUUAUCCGUCAAGAUAAUCCCAAUAUAACCGAAGUUCGAGUACUCCCUCCAGAUGGGGUCCCGUCUCCACUCCAAGAUGGUGCCAUACGUGUUUGUAUCUACAACGACAUCGUCAAUGGUCAGGCUGUUGUGGUUAACCCAGCACCAUAUAUUGGCUAGAUUGUUCCACAAUGCCAAGCCUUCAAUUUUAUUACGCCUUGAUGGAUUACGCACAAAUUUGAUUUGAAUAAUGCGAGCGAGUGUGAUAUCUAAAGUUCCUUGCAUGGCUGGUUUACGUGUGUGAUGGCUCUACUUGUACUUCAGAGUUUGUGUUAAUCAAUAUAUUUAAUAAUAAAUAAUUAUAU